ACUCCUCGCUGUACUGCAUCCAGCGCAGACACCAGGGCCCUCCUUCGCUCCCUUCUUCGGGUAACACGAUGCUGCCUCGCUGAGAUGCGCGCCUUCCUCCCGUUGCUAAGCGACCGUCUCCUCUUUCUCACCAGAGGACCUGCAGCAGCGACUGCCCUCACCUCGCCGUCGGCAGCGGGGCUCCCAUUGGCCGCCGGGCACCCGCGUCACGCACUUCAUUCGCCGGUCCGGGCCUCAGCGGCGCGCCCAUUGGGUGCCCUCCCUCUGGCCACGCGGCGUCAUUUUCUCACACCACUCCUCUCGCCCUCCCCUCACCUCCUUUCCCCGCCUUGCCUCGCUCAUUGGCCAGGAACGGAAAGAGGGGCAGGCUCCAGCGCGCCGGCCUCCGAUUGGGCAGGGAGAGCUGCCGCUCACCGGUUUCAAGCGGUAGCUUGGGCGGCGGGGCUAGUUUAAAGGCGCAUCUCCAGCCGCGGCUGCGUCCCAUUCAGGACGAGGAGCUGAGAGACAGCGCGCGGACCCUGCAGAGAACGAGCCAUCGCCGCACACAGGUGGGUGGGAUCUUAUUUCCGUCCGGUGCAUAGGGAGCACCUGCCUGGUUUUGGUGUUAAAUUGAAGCUCUCCCGCCCCGCCUCCUCCAGGACCAGGUGUGCCAACCCAGAAAUCGCAUCUGUGUCUACUCAGAAGUAAGCCCCGCAGAAGUCACCAGGUAAAUUGUGCUUAGGGUUCAGGCGAAGGCUGGAACCCUGCGCGAGCUUAGCUGGGUGUAAGCCCCAUUGCGUUCAGAGGAUCUUACUUCUGAGUAGACCUGAAUAGGCUUGCCACCUAAACUAGGUGCUUGAUUUUUCCAAAGACCAUUAGGUUUUUUAAGGUGGUCAGAUCAAAGUUUAGGGGUACUUGCAAUUCUAGAGCUGGCUGUUUUCUGGGAUGGUGGUGGUAGUAAUAUGUGGCCCCCUGGUUACAUUUAAAAGGAAUAUAAUUGUUCUUGGGCAAGGGUGGGGAACGUUUAGCUUUCCAGAUAUUGGUGAACAGCCCCAGCAGCUGUGGCAGCUGGGCAGGGAUGAUGGGAGUUGCAGAUCAGCAACACCUGGCGGGCCAAAGGUCCCCCACACCUGUUCUCCAGUACUAAAUAAGACCCAGGAUGUCAUCAUGCCCAGUGCUUCUGCUAAAGAGAAUAAUUUUCUACUCAGCAGGCUUGUUUGGGCAGGGAGGCUUGGGAACAUGUCUCUGGUGGGACCUCCUUAUCAUGCCACUGUUCCUCAAGAGAAAGAGCAGUUAAGUUGCCAGGGGUGGCGGUGGUGGUAGAAUUGAGCAAGUGGUGAUUGCAAGGAGCAGCUACCUCUGAUUCCUCACCUGCCCAUUCCCUUAAGGAGGCUCUUCUACCAGGUAAGAGUCUACUUACAUGGAUUUAACCCAGUAAGGUUGCCCAGAGAGAGGCAGUAAGCAAGAGAGAGCAGCUCUGCCAGUUUGAACGCCUUAUCGUCACUUUAGGUGGGGCAGUGGCUGCCCUGCUGGGAGCAGCUGCUUCUGGCUUGCUCACCCACUCUCUCUGGGUGGCCCUACUGAACCCUGUCCACCCUACCUAAUGGGAAAGCAUAGGUGUGGAAGGCCUCUUGCUAGGGCUCUUUGGGGCUGUCUCUCAGAUCUCUCUCUCUCUCUGUUUAGGGGUGGGGCUGAGCCAAAUUUUUUCCACUGCUCCACCCAGAGAGAAAGGGGGUGAGCAAAAGGGAACAGGAGUCUCUCACUGCCUCACUUGCAUCCUUCCUCUGAAGCAAUGCAGAUAUGGCACCUUAUGGCACCUAGACAGGGAGGCUGAACUAGCGGAAAAAACUGAUUGAAUGUAUUUAUUGCCCUUAACUCUCCCUCUCCCCUAUUGUGUUGCCCAGAGAGAGGGAGGUAAGGUGGCAGAGGCAGAAGAAGCCACUCUCUGCUCUUCGUCUGGAUGCUAUGACAAAUCCAAGCCCUGAUCUAGAGUGAGGGGGCAGGCAGGUACCCCUCAAAACCUGUUCUUCAGUUUGCCCAUUUUUGCAGACAAACCAGUGGCAGCUGUUCUCUGGGCGGGAAGAUGGGGCAUUGGUGUUUCAUGUGGCACAGAGCAAGGAAGCAAGUCUCUCAGGGGGCUCACUACUGAAAAUGGUGGCUGUUGCACUUCAACAGCUUUGGGAGGUGGGGGUCUGUACUAAUGUGAGAGCGAGGCUUGGGCCAGUUUCCCCCCCCUAUACUAGCCCAAAGUCAUCCCGUACAACAGCACAACCCCAAAGUACAGAAGUCAGUAAGACAUGGCAAGUCAAAGAAUUGCUUGCUGUUGAACAGUGCAGCCCUCAGUUAUUAUUUUUAUUUCCACUAAGUUCAGUGGGGUUUGCCUCCCCAAAAGUGGGUAUCUGGGAAUGGCAGCUGCAGUUGACUUCUGCAAGGAAGCCACGGGAAACCCAAAAAAUUGCGAGGAAAUCCUUUUCCUGAUGAUCCAGAUAGGCUGCCUUGUUAGAUCUGGAGAUCUUCUGAGAAGUAUUUUUGUUUUGUUUUUCGUUUUGCUAAAAACUGAGCACCAGUUCAUCUCCCAGCCCUCCAGCCACCUCCAGUUGCUGUCUUUGUUGGGUGGUGGGGAACUUGUGUCUCACUAGAGUUUGUGAGCUCUGGAAUAAAAACCAGAACCUCUCAGCUUUUUAAAAUCUGUGUUUGGAAGCUUAUAAUGUCCCACCCAACCAGAAUUAUUUCUACUUUAGGAACCCUGCUUUCUUUCAUUACAAGCCAGCUGCAGCUUCUGAUCAGCCAGACAUUUAAAACCAGAGUAAUUUUAAUUGUAAAAUAGAAAUCUGCCCAGCUGACUUGUUAAUUACUGUAGAGUACAUCUACCAAGUGAGAUUUAGUGAUCGGCUUUCAUUCUAGGAUAGACAGAAGAACUCUAAAGCUGAUAGAUCUUGCUGUCUUAAGAAGUAAAUGGUUUCUAUGAACCUAGUGGGCAUUUCUUGUGUCUGGUCAGACAUAUAACCCUAGAUCCACAUAUAACCCUCAUCCACACUUAAUUUUUGACUCACACUUUCUGGGCACAGGUUUCUGGUUCCCUGGUUUGUGCUAAAUCGUUUUCUUUUUUGCCCGAAGAUUUCUUCAAGAAAACCCAAUCCUUACCGCUGACUUGGAGCAAGAUUCCUAUUUGCUCUGAUUCAGCAGUAAAGCACAGAUUUCUGUGGGGAAAGGGGGAGGGGGGAAAAAACACCAACCCACUUGAAACAGACCUGGAAAGCCCAGACCUUUGCAUAUAAAUGUAGAGCAAAGGUGGAUGAGCUCUCUGUUGCUAGAGCUUUGUGGUGACAUUGAAAUCUACCUUGGCAACCCUACUCUGGGGGUGUAGCCUCGGGACUAGCAGUUCCAUAGGGAAGUCCCUGAACUCUAGCAGAGAGAGAAGUGCAGCUUUAUUGGCUGGAUCAGGUCCUUCUACAGUACUGGUCAUAAACACUGUACUUUCCACAAGUUUUGGACUCCAGCUCCAGCUGAGUCAUCAUGACAUCAUCAUCAGGGAUGAUGGGAAUUGUAGUUCAUAGGAUCUGGCAGGUGCCACACUGAAUGCCUCUCUUCUAUAGCAUUAAAAAUGGCCACGUGUGCUUUCUUCAGUGUGCAUAUUGACCAAGGACCAGAACUGGAUUAGGAGUUGGCAAGUAUGCCUGCUGGUGUUAAAUUGCCCACUUCUGUCUGCAGUUAUCUUCCCUAGGAUUUAUUUUUUUUUUAAUAAAUCCCUGCAUUAAAAAGGGGAGGAAUUGAUCUUGGGGAAAAUACUUCUAGCAGAGAGUCCUCUUUCAGAUAUGUCAGGGGUUUUUUGCUUCUAGGCAUGUUCCAUCUCACAAGUCGCUGCCUGCAAGUCUAAAGUGGUAUAGUCAGACACAGAAUACCACCUCUGCGGUUUGUAAGGACUAAGUAUAAGGAUAAAAUCCUCUACACACAACACAAAAAGUAAGUCCCAUUGAACUUGCUGGGCUUUAAACUAAAAGAGCUUGCUUAAUGAUUCCACGGUCCAUCUUAACAGAUUUUUCCGAGGGAUGUCCAUGGAGACUGGUGCGCAAGGAUAUGCAAAUUUGUGAAGUGUUCCACUUUUGUGUUGGGUUGUGACCUCCUGUUUCCACAGAAUGCCAUAGGGAGGCCAAUAUGUUGUUAAAUUCCUAGGAUCACUGCUAUGCUGAGUUUUAAAGUAAGGGCAGAGCAUUUAUCAGGUGUGGCUUGUUUGUUUUUUUCAAAAAAUUGAUUGGCUUCAUCUAGUUACAGCAAAGUCUCUGAUCACAGUGGAAAGAGUUCUAUCGCUACCAAUUAAAUCCGUGGGUCUGCGUAGUUGUGGUUGCGUCAUGCACCCUGUUGCUCUUCUUCUUUGGACACUGAUCUUUACUAGACAGAGUAGGUGAUGUCAUUGUCAUUUUUUUAAUGGAUUUUGUGCUCAGUGUACCUCCAGUUUUCAGGAGGUACCUGCCCAUUUAAUCUUUCUGUUUUUGUUUUUUUUUAAAUAAUAUUUAUUAAAGUUUCACAGGAAAAACAAAUAAAAAAAACCACAUUAGUAAAGAAAAAGUUAACAAUAAAAAGAAAAAAUACAAAGUAAAAAGAAAAAACAAUUUAACAAUUUCAUCUUUCUUGCUUCUUUUGCGUUCUUAUUUCAGGACCUCUCUUACCUCCCUCUGUAUUCUAAUUAAAUAUGUUAUUAACAAUUCUUCCUCCUUUUAAUCCUGGUCUUUAAUCUUGAUAUAAUAACAUUACAUUUACAUAUUAAAAACCAAUUUUUCCAUAAUAUUUUUGUGCCUGUACAGCUAAAAAUGAUUCAAUCAUCAUUCUAACAUUCAUUAAUUUUGCAAUAUUUCUGUAAAUAGUCUUUAGAUUACUUCCAAUCUUCUUCACCGACUCUUCUCCUGGUGCGGAUUCAUGAUCAUUUCAGCAAUUCCACAUGGUCAUGUUUAUUCAUGUUCUCAGGUGUGAGUAGAUCUUGUGUCUUCAAUACUUUGCAAUGGUAUUCUUGCUGCUGUUGUAGCAUACAUAAAGAAAGUUCUGUCCUUUUUAACACAGAGUUGACUAUGCCCAGGAGGAGAAAGGAGCUCUGAUUUCUUCAAGAGGCAUAUUUAAGUGCCUUUUUGGAUUCAUUAUAUAUCAUCUACAAGAAGCCAAAUAUUUUGGGCGUCCACCAAGGUGAAAAAAUGCCUUCAGUUUCUUUGUUUAGCUAUUUAAUCUUUCUGUACCAUGUAGUCUGUUUUUUGACUGAUCAUCUAGCAUGCCUUAGUAUUUCAUCAUGAUUUCAUUGUAUUGUUUGGUUUUGAAAGCCCGAGGCAUUCUUGUAUCAGCCUCUGAAGUACAUUGGGACAGCAAGUGCCUCUUGAGAUUUUCCCCCUGAGGGUAGCCUGCCUGUAGGACAAGAAGGAAAAUGGAUGCUGUGUUGUGCCUAGUAGAUUUAUUCUGGCAUAAACCUGAAACUUCAAGAGGCUUUCUAGCUUUGAGGAUGAUGCUUUUUUUUUGUCUUUCCAUGUAAUUUUUUUCUUGCUAAAAUUUGUGUUUUGCUGCAGCUGGCAGCUCAGAAAUUGAAAGUUUCUCUUCUGAAAAUGCUUCUCUUAAUGUGUCCUCAUUCUCUCCUCCUCCCCCCCCCCCCUUUCCCUGAGAUGACUAGAGAAAUUGGACUGCAUACAGUUCUUCCUUGUUUGGCUCAGAAGUAUUCUGCUGCUGCCUAAAAACGUGAGCUGCAAGUAGAUGAAAAUGCCUCUCUGAAUUGUUUCAGGUCUGGCAGCAGGGAGGUUUUGUAAGAGCCUCGCUUUCAUAGGGUUGGAUUUCCCCGUGUGGGCUCCUGACGCCUCUGGGUGAAGAAGUGGGGGAAACCAGUAAAAAAUAAGCUGCAGGACAUGUCCACUCGCCUGAGGCUGCCAUUGCUGCUGUAAGCCAGGCUCAAACUAUGAGCAAUGUAGUCUGACAACAUAGCAAUGCAGGUUGUGGACAGUGACUACCCCAGGCUGGGGUGGAGCUUUCCCAACUCUCAUGAAGAAAAGGAAACGAUGGCUGCUUAGGCUUUCAGAUUCUACAUCUGGGGGAGAGAAGGUCUUGCCAGGUUUGCUCGUAGAUAUAUAGUGACCCUUGUGGUUGUGAGACAGUGACGCCUUGUGGCUGUUUUUAGUGCUAGAUUUUGAGAUGUACAAAAUCUUUGAACACCAAGUACUUCUGGAGCAGCAGAGCUUACAGUAAGUUAGCAAAUGAUGACUAAUGGCCCUUCACAGUUGUUAAUGAUUUUUAUGGUUAUGUGAACAGAAGUGGACAUUAGGAAGAACUUCCUGACAGUAAGAGCUGUUCGACAGUGGAAUUUGCUGCCAAGGAGUGUGGUGGAGUCUCCUUCUUUGGAGGUCUUUAAGCAGAGGCUUGACAACCAUAUGUCAGGAGUGCUCUGAUGGUGUAUCCUGCUUGGCAGGGGGUUGGACUCGAUGGCCCUUGUGGUCUCUUCCAACUCUAUGAUUCUAUGAUUCUAUGACUUGUCUGCUCUCUCUUGUCCAGGCCUUUAGCAUACUUGAAAGAUGCAUGUGAGCAUUUUCUGGGCACUUGGUAGCUAUGUCAACAGCUUGUGCAUACUGUUUACCAACUUGUGGCAAUCUCAAGUCAUGUGCUAGUUUUGCUUUGGCCUGAUUAUUCUAUUUCCAUUCCUUUUAUUUAUUUUAAACAUUUCCUUUCUUAACUGUUCCCUGGUGUAACUGAUGCUUGAAGUGGCUCUACAAUGCAUUCUAAGCAUUUAUGGGAUAAGUAGAAAAGCAAAAUGCUGCAUUCGACGGUGGAGGGACGGGGCAGGACACUACAGCUUGGGAACAAACUUCUUUAGGCUUUCCCAUGUGUCUGAUGGGCAUAUGAAUUGGGUAUCAUUAGAACAAGCCUGUAGAAGAAAUUCCUGGCGGAUGAGGGGCGGGGGGAGAGAUGCAAGCUGGGAGUAGGAGACAAAAGAAAUAUUCACAGCCCAAAGCUCAACCUACCCCUGUUGUGUUGGCUGGAAUUGAUGGGUUGUAGUCCAAAGCAUAUAUGGAACGCACCAGGCUGGGCAAGGAUAAACCUUAGCCACUCGCUAAAAGUUCUUCCAUAGUAUCUUGGUGAGGAUGUCGCUAGGGCACUGCUUCCUAUCGCAGUGGAUUCACUGCCUGAGCCACACUCAACCUUUUUAUUACAAGUUGCUGUGAUUGGAAGACAAAGUGAAUACAAGGGUGGUGGCCCAUAGCCCCAAACCUUUUUGUGGAAAAGACGCAUGCCUGAACAUGGUGUUUUAAAAUUGCUGUAACAUGCCCUGAGACCGUAUGAUUAAAGGCAAUAAUAAAAUUUAUCAAUUAAAUUAUUAACAGGAUUACUAUGCUUACAGAGUCAUCAACAACCUCUAGCUAGGCUAUUUACAUGAAACAGUGCAUUAAGCUUCUACAACGAUGUUUGGUUCUUGCCAAAGAUGGGAAGGGAAAAUUGCAUAAUUCUUUUACACAUACAUAUUCCUUUCCUUAAAACCCCAACCACAGAAUAUGUACUAGAUGUUCUGAUUGGCAUAGUAUAAGUAGAUUAAGUCAAUUGCUUAAUGAUUUCCUGGAAAGGAAAUUUGCAGAAUUCAGGCUGUUGCUCAUAUAUCAGUUUCAAUCUUCUAAUUGCUCAUGGUAAUACAUUUUUUUAAAGGUGUUCUAAAGUGACCCUUCUACAAGUAGGAUAUUUCACAGUCAUCUCGCCUUAUUACUGCAAAGCAGCAAGCUUACAAAACAAAGCUCUGCACAUCGGUCACCUCUAUUGAAAUUCAUCCCUCUUUAGCCAGCUAUGUAGCUUGAAAGAAUCCCCAUUUAUUUCAUAAAGUGACCUCUCAGGAAUUAUAAUUUCAGCCACAGCUCAAGUAAUAAUGAAGGACCAACCACAUCUGCUAUUGGGUCCCUGAAGCACAGAUUCACACAAAGCAGCAAAACGUCCUUGCAGGUUAUUAACAGGAUUUUAUUUUAAGUGCAUAUGCAGAACAAAGGUACAGGGCGAUAAGUAUGCAACCUGCACACCCAGUCAGGGUGCGCCCCCUUUAUAUAGAUUUGCAGAAUAGAAUACCACCUGAUCUCUUGUAAGCCACCUGAUUUCUUGUAAACUGAAAGUUAUGGCAACUUCCUAUGUCCUUACAUGGGCUUGCCCCCCUUUCUUCCUGCACCAGCCUUUCCACGCCAUGAACCUCGACACGUGUUCAAAUGUAAAACAUGUGAUUUAUACUAGUAGCAAUAAAAUGGGGCUUUGUCUCCUGCAUUACCCUCCUCCCUUUCAACUCGCCUCCUUGUCUUCAGUCUGGGGCCAGAAUAACACACAUUCAACCUUGCUCUUAACUUUCUCACCGCCUAGGCCUAGACAUUCCAACGAGAGGCCCAUUUGCACUGUAACAUUUAAGCAUGUCCUUCUGGUUGGUGUAGAAACCUCCCCUUUUGGGAUAAUAAUAGAACAAUUAUAUUGUAAUAUGCCCCUUCUAUAAAUCUGUAGGUCUGCCAAACGGAAAUCAGAUUUUUAAAAAUAUUUUAAUAUUUUUCAUGUAAUUUUACAGGGAGAAACCUGUGCCCGCCUCAAGUGGGACUUCCAACUCCCAACAUCCAUGGCUCAUGGAUGAUGGAAGCGGCAAUAGUCCUGUUGCAACCCUCCCUAGGGCCUUUUGAUGAAAGGCCAGUAUGACAUAUUCUAGAUAAAUAACUGGAGUCGCGGGUUCCCCAUCCCUGCUCUGCUGCCAUGCUCCCGCUUAAUACUGAGGUCAAGAAACUUCAGCGGCAGGGGUGUGUUUGUGAUACGUCUGAAUAUGGCAAACAUAGUGGCAGGGGGUUGUGUGCGUGCUUGUUUCUUUGAAUACACAGUAGGAGUUCUAGCUCAGCUCAUGGCAAAGUAACUAAAGGCGGCUGUCCUUCACAAGACACCAUUUUUUAUGUUCCAGUACACGCAGAGGAGGCGCUGCCUACAUUUUGAGGUGCCGAUCCGGGUUUGCCCUGCGUCACGUGUGAAAGGUCCCCGUGCGCGACCUCGGAGGCAGGGACUUCCCCUCCCUCCUUCCCACGUAUUCCCUGUGUGCUGGUUUCGUAUCGUCCUCGGCAGCCGCCGCCGCCCGCCUACACAUCCGUGCGCCGCUUCUCAGAAGCGAACGCCUAGUAGUAGCCCCAGGAAAAGGCGGCGGCGACUCGGGCUCCUCCGUUGCCUUCGCUCGGCGGAGUGAGGGGGCGCGCGAGCGCAGAACGCCCUCGAGCCAGGCAGGGGCGUGGCUUGCUCAGGCGCGUCAGAAUGAAGGGGGAAGUGGGCGCGGCGUUUUCAAGGUGACAGCGGCAGGUUGGAGCCAGAGGGCCCGCCACGAGGAGCGCAUGCGCGCUGGGCCGACCCGGUGCCGUCCGGAGCCGGUGAUGGGGUUUCACUGCGUGUGAGUGAAGCGCGGCUGGGGGGGGGGGGGGAAGGGGCGAACCGCGCCGGCCUUGACCUCGGUGAGGACGCGGAAGCUUCUGCCCCGGUGUUUCCUGAGAGAUGUGGUGGUGGGGACUUUCAUCUGGGUGGCUUAUCUGAGGGAAGUGCGGCCGCUCUGCCUGACAGGGAAACUGAGGCCUCAGUUGCGAAUUGAAGCUAUUAUCUGGCUACUUGAGGCCUAGGGGUGAGGUGGAGUGGGGGUCAUAAGGAAAAUGGGACCUGCCACUGCCCUUUCAGUUAUACGGGUGGGAGGGUGCUCUGACUGCCUGACAGGGAAACUGAGGCAAAGGGUCCCUUACCAUGGAAGUGGAGUUACAGAGCUCUCUGGGAUAAUUCAGGGUGGGUGUGGGUGGGGAGAGGCUUCUUUCCUUCCCGAUUCCCCUUUCUGCCUUGUCUAGUUGGGCCAUUGAUCCGCCCAGCUCAGUGUUUUCCUGCACUGACUGGCAACAGCGCUCUUGGGGUUCAGCUGGGUGCAGCGGGUUGGACUAGAUGAUCCUUGCGGUCCCUUCCAACUCUGCACUGGAGACCUUAAGCAUGUGACAUGCUGCCAAGCUUUUUGCUCCCCCUCCCCACAAAAAAAAAGCCUCACGGUGUGCUUGUGUGUGUGUGUGUUUACUUGGAAGCAAUCCCCACUGUGUUCGUGUUUUCAUUGUGCCUGUUACCUGCCCUUCUCUGGUUUUAGCAGCCAACUGACAUUUGAUUGGAGGAGAUUUCCUUCGCAGUGGAAGAAGGGUUCACCAGUUGUAUUUCUGUCAUGUAUGCACAGGUAUCCUUCCAGUAACAUAGAUAGCCACAUUUUUCUUUUUUAAACAUAACAUACGUGGCAAAUGACUGCCACACUUCUGUGCUUUCUGCCAUAAUUGUGGCGUUGCUAGGGCUUGUUGUAUCUGGAUAUGAAACUUGAUGAUCCAGGCAGGCUUCUGGUAUUUAGGGCUAUGAUGUGGAUAGUUGAAUGAUCUGCUGCUUGUGUGGGCUUCAGAUUUUAUUUUUAUAUUUGUUUGUUUCGUAACAAAAUAUUAUCUGAAGUGACUCAGGAUAGUAGAGAUAAUUGAUAUAAACAGUUGUUUUCCAAUUAGAUUUUCGGUUUGUGAAGGGAUUUGUUUCGUCUUUUGCAACAUAGCUCCAAUGCAGUCGUUUGCCCCCUAAGAGACCCAAACCACUGAUAAAGGGAUUCUUGUGUAUACAUAUUGAAGCAGGCAGUGAGUGCGACUCACUGUUUUUUCCUGCAGGACACACCAGUGAAGCAGAUUUGCUGUGAUACUACCAGUCUGAAACUCAGACACACUUUUUCAGUGGUCAUAUGGCACUGAGGAACAUGUAGUGUUAACUUCGGCAGUGUGAUAUCUGGCAGUUGCCAAUUGUCAAUCCUCGUUCCUGGAGAGGCUGUCAAACUGUUGUUUUGGGUCCUUAGUCAGCAGAGCAUUGUAUAAACUUUCUAAGAGUGAGUAGAUUGUUUUGUCUGAUAGUUGCUAUUUUCUGUGGGUUGGAGGUAAGCAGCACAAAAAGAAUGGAGAGCUGGUAAGAUUAAGACCAUGUCAAACCAAGACAAGCACAAAUCAGGUAAAUUUAGUAGGCAUCAUUCUGCCUUUUGCCCAAUGGAGACUCGCUUGGGAGGAGCAUACACCUCCCUAGCAAGGGCUGUGUUUAAAAGCCAUCACCAAUCUUCUCAGAGAUUGGUGCCAAUGGAGGGCUGUAGCAAAGGGCUGUCUUGGAGUACUGCUGGUUGUAGGUGAGCAACUGAUUGGAUGGCUGAGAUGGUUUCUGUGUUGUGUUUUUGUUCUGCAGGAUGUUGGGCAUUCUCAAAUUACUAGUUUUUAGUUAAAGAAUGCAUGAGUCAGGAAGAGUUUCAAUCUUCUUUUCAGAUGGAGAAAGAAACCAGGUUUUGCUGCAUUAUUGGGCAUUUUUAUUACUGGUGGGGUGAUUUGAUGACAUUAAUUUCAACCAUUUCAACCAUUCUACAAUGGUACAUUUUCAUAAUGGAUAUGAGGAAUGGUUUGGCAAACUACUGGCCAAGAAGAAGCUGAUACUGCAGGCAAAUGACUGCUAUCUUUGUGGAUGUUCAGAGUCAUGACUCCAUAUUACUUUGUUUUCUUCUUAAGUUGUCAUUGAUUAUGAAGGUUGUUUUUUCAACAACUCCGUUUUCCACAACUGGGGCUUGACUUAACUCAGAUGGUUAGAGUGUGGUGCUGACGUGUAGGUAGCAGGCCCUGCCCUGCUCUUGUUUCCCAGCAAUUAAUUUUCAGAGAGAUACUGCCUUUGAAUCUGGAGGUUCCACUUAGCUUUGUCAGUUGAUCUGUUAAACUCAUUUUCUAAAAACCAUUGAACACAAAAAUUCAAACAGCUAGGCUGAGCUUCAUUGUAGCAUAAGUGGUCCCCAGCACACUGGACCCAGUGCAAUGAAAUUUUGUAUAAACUAUUGGGCUGUGAAAGCAAACAUAGAAACCUUGUAUGUGGUAUGUUUAUCCCCAUGAUCCAUCAGCAAGUAACAAGCUGUUUGGGCCAAUAAUCAUUGAUUAGACUGACCUCUAUAAAAUUUGUCUAAUCUCUGAAUUUAAAAUCAAAACCAUAGGAUUGUAGAGUUGGAAGGGAUCCUGGGAAUCAUCUAGUCCAGCCCCUUGCAAUGCAGGAAUACGCAGGUGGCCUGUAUGGGGAUCGAACCCACAACCAUGAUUCUUUUUUAGAAAACUCAUGGCCACAUCUUGUUGCAGCAAAUUCUGUAAGUUAUGUACUGCGUGGAUCAGUUCUUCCUUCUGCCAGUCUUGAAUUAACAGUAGGAAUUAACAGUUAUUAGGUUCCAAAUAGUAUUAAAAAGUUAUUAUGACAAAGAAGUUAUUACCCUAAUAUUCAAUAUUUUAAAAGACAUACUUAAAAAUCUGAAAACUAGUCAAAACAAUAAUAUAAGACUAUUAAAUCUGCAAGAAUUAAUUCAAUAACACAGAUUUUUCCUUCUGGCGUUCCUAUUCCCAAGUCUCCAUACUUCAUUUGCAAAGUGGUGCGAGCUGUGUGUGGUGUCCCAUACAACUAGGGUGUGCAUUUGAAUGUUCCAAGCACGUGCUACAAAUUUCUGCACCAUUGUAUGCAUGUUGGAUGAGGCAGAUGGGCACUGGGACAGAGUUGGUGUUCCUCUUGUGGGUUCCAGUCUGCAGAACAAUCACUGUCCACAGAAGGGGAGCCCCAGAAGUCAUGCAGGGUAAAGAGUUCUACCCAUUACUUUCAGCUGCCUACCUGCCUCUUCGCUUUAUCUUUGUUAGGAUUUCUAUUGCCGUAAGGAAUUUACAUGAUCUACCCACUUGAAAUAAAGUUCUCUUCAUUCCAAUACCGCAUUGGAUGAUACGCCUUUUGUCUCCUAUCCAUUUGGCAGUUCUUUGAAGUUUGCAUUUCAUACAGGAUGUUCCAUGUUUGUAGAUAAAGAUCAUGUCUGGAUUUGCCAUUCAAAAUAAUUACGCAAGACUACUGGUACAUGUUGCUUUACUCCUUCAGAAUCUCUUUGGUGUCCAGUAAAAAGAUCUGUACAUGCUGAAUGUCCCCAAUUCACCCCCAGUCUGUGAAUGAAUGACUUUCUUCAGUGGUUGGACUGGGGGUGGGGGUAGGGAAACCCUUUUUGAGACCUUGGAAAGCCUCUGUCAGUUGGAGUGGUCCAGGGAUAGGGAAGCUCUGGUUCACUAACUGAAGUUGGAUUACAACUCCCAUGGAUGGUCAUGGGUUCCCUAUCCCUGGAGUAUACUUUUCUAGGUAAAUGGAACAGUGGUCUCACUCAGUUUAGGUCAACUUCAUAUGGAAUAUUCUUGGCAUUUUUCCUCUGCCUCCAAGCUUCGCAGUUGGGAAAGAACAAAAUACAUGCUCAUGCAGAUACCAUAUGAUUUUCAGUUGCUGUUCAAAUCUGAAAGGCUGCUCCACAGUUCAUUACAAAGGGAUGGGUUUAUACAGUAUUACUUUUAGGGAGCAGCUGCAAGCCUUUAUUCCCCUCCCCUUUCUGCAACAGUCAGAUUGCUGUUUUUUCUUCAUUUGGCGGGUUAACUGCCAGUAGAUGGUAUAAUGAGGUUAACCAAGAUUCUAUUCUAUGUAACACAGAGACAAGAGGACCCUGGUGGUGCAGUGUUUUUUAAAACACUGACUAGAAAGGCAUGGCCUCAUUGCUGCGGUUGGAAUGUCUGUGGUUAUGGGGCUGUACACAGUGUUGUUCCCCACUAGAAGACUACUUACUUGUCUAAAUUGGUUUGGGAGUGUCUGACGUAAGAUAUCUUCUCAAUCUGAAUAGUACAGUUGCAAAUACAGACUUGUAGUGUGAGCUAAUAAUGCCCUAUAUAUCAGCUGGACAGCAGAGGUUGGGAUAAAAUAGCUCUGCUCCAGUUCUACAUACAUGGCAAUUUGUUAAAAUGUGCUUGGGAUAGCAGCUGUAGCCCUGGUCUCUUUAAAAUCAGUGAUUGGUGUGGGCAGAAUUGCAGCUGUGCAGACUAUAGUGUAACUGUCAGAUUCCUCUCCUGCUCCCAAGUAGCUUUUCCUACUUUGAACACUCUGCCAGGUGUCUUUCCUGCUUUGAGGGGUUGGACUAGAUGACCUUUGGAUUCACUUCUAAUUCUGUUAUUCUGUGUACCUGCUUUUAUGACCAUUGCCCUAUUAGUUGUUGGACUGCUUGUGAGUCAAAAUAUUUUAUCAAAACAUUUAAUCUCCAGCCCUUGUGCUUUCAGUAAGCCUCAAUGAAUGCAUUGGUACUUGAAUCUAAGUAAGCAUGCACAGGAUCAAGCUUUGCUCACUCUAUUCAAAUAAGCACUAUUAACUUCUUUUCUUUCAGCUGUACCACCAUGCCUGGAUCUCUUCCUGUGAAUGCUGAAGCCUGCUGGCCAAAAGAUGUGGGAAUAGUUGCUUUGGAGAUCUACUUCCCUUCCCAAUAUGUUGACCAGGCAGAGUUAGAGAAGUUUGAUGGCGUGGAUGCAGGGAAAUACACCAUUGGCUUGGGUCAGUCCAAGAUGGGCUUCUGCUCGGAUAGGGAGGAUAUCAAUUCACUUUGCCUCACUGCAGUCCAGAAGCUUAUGGAAAGGAACAGUCUCUCCUACAACUGCAUUGGGAGACUUGAAGUUGGAACGGAGACGAUCAUUGACAAGUCCAAAUCAGUAAAGACUGUCCUGAUGCAGCUUUUUGAAGAAUCUGGCAACACAGACGUGGAAGGCAUUGACACAACCAAUGCAUGCUAUGGUGGCACUGCUGCACUCUUCAAUGCUAUCAACUGGGUUGAAUCCAGUUCCUGGGACGGUAAGUUUGACAUCUCAAGCAAGCAGUGUUUCUUAGAAUUUGCCAAAAAAAGGAAAGGAAAGGAAAGGAAGAAAGAAAGAAAGAAAGAAAGAAAGAAAGAAAGAAAGAAAGAAAGAAAGAAAGAAAGAAAGACAAGGCAUGCAGAGAUAUGGAAUUUAAAUGUUAUUAAAUGUAAUCCUGUAAAUAAUAGUCACUUCAGGACUAUGAAGUCCUGGCUGUCAUGUUCUUGUGAUUUCAGGAGGGCUUGAUAAAAGCUAAUUCCUAGUCCAUUAUGCUCAUUCAUGCUUAGUGAAUAUUACAAGAGGAAACCAUAUUAGUGUUCAGAAGUAAAAAAAAGGCCGAGGGCAGUGAUCCUUUGCAAAUACCAAGCAGGGGAGUAAGAUUUAGCAGGAAUACAAUUGGCCUGUGAAAAUGAGCCCAUAUCCCACUAAACCUAUUAAUAGUUUCUUGUACUGAGCCAGCACUUCACUCAUCUGUACUGAUCAUACUAUUGGUUGCAAUGCAAACUAGCUGGUGGAAUCAGGUUGGAUAACAUACUUUGAAUCAGUGACUGUAGCAUUCAAUGCUUAUGCUAAUUGGAACCUUUCCCCUCCUCUUUCCAAACUUUCUGGUGACUCCUAAGCUGCCCAUCUGCAAUUGCCCUCAAUUUUGUUCCUUGCUCAGAAAUGAUCUGCUUAACAGGAUGUUUGUAUGACAAAUAGAAUUGUGUGAGAAGAACUUUGUAUGCAUUAAGUAUUGUACAUGUUAAUUGGUGGCUGUGGGAGUUUAAGAUUGACUUCUUGUAAUCUUUUCCCCAGUGACCACGCAGCCCAAUUCUCUGCAUAUUUACUUUGAAUUCUGUAGGGCUUACUGUUAAGGGAUUUGCUUCCAAGUGCAUGUAUAUAUAGCAUUGCAGUCAAUGUAGUCAGCAGUUGCCUCAGCUAAAAAUGACUUUUAUGCAGCCUUUUUACAGCAUUUGUUUGUGUUUUUCAGGGCGUUAUGCACUUGUUGUUGCUGGAGACAUAGCAGUGUAUGCCACUGGAAAUGCCAGGCCAACUGGAGGAGCCGGUGCUGUUGCUAUGCUUGUGGGACCAAAUGCACCUCUUAUUUUUGAGAGAGGUUAGUUUUCUCUUGCAGACUAAAUAUUAUUCAUAGAGCAGAUUCCAGCAGUAUUUUAGUUCAAAUGAACAGCUUAUACAAGCAUUCUUCACUUGUGAAAUGCCACAAGAGCAAGCUAGUGCUAGAUCGCCUUUUCCUAGAUUGCGAACUAUGUUGGUUUGCCCUUAUGAGGAAAAUUAAGCAAUUUUCCAGAUCACAGAAUGAAAGCCAUAAACCUGCAUGUGUUCACUCCUCUGCAGCUCACAUGAGUAGACUGCUUAUGUGAGCAGUAAUCUCUGCAAGUGAGCUGCCUGGAACAUCAGCCUGUUAAAAUAUUAACAAAUAGCUAUCUGUACUGCUCGGCAUUUAGUAUUCUAGUAUUCUUUUUCCUGAUCACAUUGGGAAGUGGAAUAACUUUUCUGUUCACCACCACCUCCCACAUCCACCAGAUUAAUCUUUGGUUGUACAAAGUGCAUCUUAUUUUUUUAUUAUGAUUUAUUGAAUUUAUAUACUGCCCUAUGUCCAGAGGUAUCAGGGUGGUUCACAGAAUAAAAUCAAAAUAUAAAACCACAACCUAAUCAAAAUAAAAACAACAACACAGUAUACCCCCCCCCAAAAAACCCCCACAUUUUAAAAGGGAUGUCAGUCAUGUUUUGAGGUAAGAAGAGUACCUUAUUAAUGGACUUCACUGCAGCAUCUCUUUCAAAUCUGGCUUCUUUUCCCUAGGAUUGCGAGGGACCCACAUGCAGCAUGCCUAUGAUUUCUAUAAGCCUGAUAUGGUAUCUGAGUAUCCUGUGGUUGAUGGGAAACUGUCCAUACAAUGCUACCUCAGUGCAUUAGAUCGCUGCUACACUGUCUAUCGCAAAAAAAUCCAUGCUCAGUGGCAGAAAGGUAUGUCUUGCUAGAAAGUACCAUUGCAGAAUCAAGGUGUUUCUUUCCCCCCUAUUUUCUUGGAUCCUGUCCUCUUCCACAGAAUUUGGAAAACUGUCACAGACUUAAAAAUCAUUCUGCCAGUUAUGGCAAACGACUGCACAGAAUUCUGCUGCUGGUUCAGGAGAGCAGUGUAUCCCAAAUUUAGUUGGGAUUUUAAAUAAAAGGUGGUAUAAAACGAAUUUCAUAUUGCAGAAAUAAGAAUACACAAAUGUUAAAACUUGUCGCCUGAUCUUUUGCUUGUUUACUUGGAAAUAAGCUUUACUGUGUUCAGUAGUUCUUUCUCCCAAGUAAGUGUACAUAGGACUUAGGCAGAAUAGCAUCCAUGUCCUGUUUCUUUUUUUAUUUCAGAGGGAGUUGACAAAGACUUCACCCUGAAUGACUUCGGUUUCAUGAUCUUUCACUCUCCAUACUGCAAACUUGUACAGAAAUCUGUAGCUCGUCUGUUGCUGAAUGACUUUCUGAAUGAUCAGACACCCACAAAAGAAAAUGGCAUCUAUAGUGGCCUGGAAGCUUUUAGGUAAAUAAAAAAAUUCUUCAGUACAAGAGAGACAUUACGAAGCAUCCAUAAACUUGUAUCUGGAAAUAGUUCUAUAGCUGACAUUGAUCUAUUUUAUGUAUGAUAUUUUUUAUACAGCUCUUAAAAUUUAAGGGAGUGGAUCUGGAAUGCCCUUUCAUAGCUGCCUGAAACUUUGUCUUGAUAAGGUUCAUCCUAUGCAAAGAUUUCUUGGAAAAAAUUAGGUGGAAAAGAACAUAUCACUAGGUUGAUUUUUUAACAAUAGUCAACAAACUGAGAGCAAUUAGCUUGAUUUUAAUAUGUGAAGAUAGCCUGGGGAACCCAAAGAGGAUAAGGUUAUUCUACGGUGUAGCUUAAUCCUAAUCACCAUUACUUGGAAGUAAGUCCAUGUGUGGAAUUUACUUCUUAGUAAGUGACUCUCUUUUGCUAUCUUAUUCUGUUGCAGCAAAUGCACAAUCAAGGCUAACACAUUUCUUGGCCUUGUUUGGAUGAUUGUAUAAUAAGCUGAUAGGCGAAUGGGGCUUUCAUUUACACACACAACUAUUUCUCUCCCCCCUUCUCCAUAUGACUGAAUGCAUUGUGGAAAGUCUGCAAAACCAGUGUUUCCAUUUUGGACCAAACAUGGGGAAUCCCUGGAUACUGGCUGCAAGACAAGCUAGCAUUUUAAAAACAUGGUUUAAAGUUUAAGAUCCCAGCUUCUUCUCAAAGGAUAUUGAAGAGCUAGAAAAGGUGUUAGAAAGGGUCAACCAAACUGAACAAGGGACUGAAACAUCUCUUCUGUGAAGAAAAGUUGCAACCUUUGAAGCUUCUUAGUUUAGGGAAAAGGUCAGUAAGGGUGGGGCAAACAUGAAAGAGGUGUGUAGAGUUAUGUAUGGUAUGGAGAAAGCAAAUACUGCUUUCAUAACACACAAUGAUCCUGAAGUUUGUAAGAUACAAGGCAAGCAGAAGGAAGAACUCUUCACAUAGCACAUAGCACAUUGGCUUGCUCCCAACUUGGAAGUCUUUAAAGGGGAUUAGACAAACUGAUGAUAGGACAAGGCUGUCAGCGGCUAUGUUACCUUCAGGAUCUGAAGCAAUAUGCCUCUGAAUACCAGUUGCUGGGGAUUGUGAACAGAAGAGGGCUAUUGCACUCAUGCCCUGUUUUGUAGGCUUCCCACAGGCAUCUGGCGGGCCAUUUGAGAACAGAAUACAGUGGUGCCUCGUAAGACGAAAUUAAUCCGUUGCGCGAGUCUCUUCGUCUUGCAGUUUUUUCGUCUUGCGAAGCACGGCUAUUAGCGGCUGUUAGCGGCUUAGGGGCUAUUAACGGCUUAGCGGCUUUAAGAAAAAGGAAACAAACUCGCAAGAACUCGCAAGACGUUUUGUCUUGCGAAGCAAGCCCAUAGGGAAAUUCGUCUUGCGGAACGACUCAAAAAACGCAAAACCCUUUCGUCUAGCGAGUUUUUCGUCUUGCGAGGCAUUCGUCUUGCGGGGCACCACUGUACGGGAUCAGAUGGGCCAUCAGCCUGAUCCAGUAGGUGUCUCUUAAUGUUCAAAGGUUGUAACCAAAGUUUCUGGUUUAGAAAAAAAAAUGGAAACAAUGGUUUUAUAGACUUUUACAUUGCACUGAGGCACAUUGAGAACAGAAGGAGAGGAGCAGCUCCUUCACUAUUGCCUGAACACGGCCAAUGUGAAAGUUAGUAUUGGAACUAAAUAUUGCAGUGUGUGACAUCAAGUUAAAAUUGUGCAUGUUCUUCAGUAUAAUAAAUUGGCUAUAUCAAAUUGAAAUAGGCAUGACUGAAGGAAAAGUGAUGUCUUGUGUAGCACAAUCUGGGUGCCUUAAAAAAACAACAACCCAGGAUAACUUUAGAAAUUAAAUAGAGCAGAUGUGGCAUGUUUAUAGGUUUCAUAGCCUUCUGCUCUAGUAGUCUUUCAAGUUACUAGUUUUUCUUCUAAAUGCUCCCCUUGCUAUCUUCAGAGAUGUAAAACUAGAAGACACCUACUUUGACCGUGAUGUGGAAAAAGCUUUUAUGAAGGCCAGUGCUGAAAUUUUCAAUCAGAAAACCAAAGCUUCCUUGCUUGUAUCCAAUCAGAAUGGAAAUAUGUACACGCCUUCUGUCUAUGGCUGCCUUGCUUCUAUCCUAGCACAGUAAGUAUGAAGGAAGGAUCUGAAGCUGGGUUUGAGGUGUUUGUAUAAUUAUCUGACUGACGUUGGGUAUCAGAUUCCUAAAGGACUGGCUUGCUUUAGGCAAUGGCUCAGCUCCACAUUCUUCCUGUGAAUUAGUAAAAAGCAGAGUGCCUUUGAGCAUGCACAGGGUGCCUUCCCUUCUUCACUGACCAACUUUAACACCACACUUCAGAAGGAAAUUAUUCCCAGAUAUGAGUGCAACUACCAAGCAGUGCUGAACCUUGCUGCUUCUUGUCUUUUAAAACUAAUUAAACACUAUCUAAAGGUGAUGUACAAAGUUGUUGAAAAGUCUGUGACAAUUGUAACCGUAUAUUUGAGCUGAAUGACAAAAUUUAAAGCACGAAGGUGACUUAAUUGUAGAUUAAAACUUCUCCAACAAUAUAGGUGGCAACUACCUAUAUUGGGCAGACAGCAGUAGGAACUGUGGCUACUAAGCUGCUUCAUGAACAAUCUUAAGUUCGCAGAAUAUCUGUGUGCUUUUGAUAGGACACACUCCACGCUUCAUGAACAAUCUUAAGUUCGCAGAAUAUCUGUGUGCUUUUGAUAAGACACACUCCACGCUGCUGUUGCUGCUUCAAACAAACCAAGACUAGCACACCUGUUUUAUCAACAUCUGUGUAUCUUUGUAGCCAGAUUCUGCAUUUCCUUAGUAUUCACAUGUACCAGAAGUUACUUGGCAUAACUCACUUGUGCAAGUCCAGGCUUUGCAGCUGAAGAAAGAGGGAAGAGUCUGAACACUGGUAAUCUUUGACUUGAGGCAGAACCAAUAGCCUUCAGCUAAACUCCUAUAUGUUUGAAGAUAAUUACAUGGCCAGUGGUUUCGCUUUAGCAGAAAGAGAGGAAAUGAUUGAAGGCAGUACAGGAUGGAGACAGCUUAUUACCUAGAGCUGCUGGCACUGAGAUUGGGGAUGAAGGGGGAAGAAAGCGUUCUAUGUGCCCCAGGUUUCAUUAAUCUAGGAACAAGCCAACUAAAUCUUUUUAGACAAAUAAUCACAAAAUAUUUGUGUAUUAAUCUUCUCUAAUGUGCUUUUCACUAACACCUUGUUCUCUGGUGUGCAGGUAUUCUCCUCAGCAACUGGCAGGACAGAGGAUUGGAGUCUUCUCUUACGGCUCUGGGUUUGCUGCUACCCUCUACUCCAUCAAAGUUAGCCAAGAUGCAACCCCUGGUGAGUAAAAUCACCAAGGUUUCCUAUACACAACCACUUCUAAAGUUAGUGUGUCACUGACAGUUAUUGGGUGCCAGUGGUUAGGGAUUUGCUGCCCAGGUGUUCCUGGGCUACAACAGAUCUGGCCUCAUCUCUGGCCUCUUAUGAGGUUUUGAGAACUUAGGAAAGGGUGUGCUAUGUCUUGAUAUAACAAUUAAUGAACUUUUACUACAGCUAGCUAUAUUACAGGAGGGUUAUGUUGGAAAAAUAGCUCCCACUCUUUCAUGGUAUAAGAAGAAAUCAAGAUGCUGCUGUUUCUAACUUGUAUUCUUCAUUGUCAAAUCAUAGAAUUGGAAGGGAAUUGUCGAGUUGGAAGGGACUAAUAAUUCUUUUUAGAAAAUGUAAGUUACUGCUUUCUACUGCAGGCUCUUCUCUGGAUAAAAUAACAGCAAGCCUCUCUGAUCUGAAGGCAAGGCUCGAUUCAAGGAAAUGCAUCUCGCCAGAGGUGUUUGCAGAAAACAUGAUGCUUAGACAAGAUACUCAUCACUUAGGUAAGCGAUGGUGGGAUUAAGUUCGGCAAAUGUCUGCCAUAAAUUCAGUGAUAGCCUCUAUUAGGCAACCGUUGAUGAUAAAGCAGACCCCGAAAGCUUAUUUCCCUUUUUAAAAUAAUGAAGUUGGCUUCCAAGCCUUCUGGUUGUUGUAAGAGAUGUUAACCAACUUGAUGGUUACAGCUUUGACUUGAAAUAUUUGGGUAACUCUGUCCAUAUUGAACUGGCAAAAGGCUUUUAUUUUCAUGCCAAACAUGGGCUUAUAAAUUAACCAUGAAUUAAAACCGCAAUCAAGAGGACAGCAGGACCUGGUUCUCAACUUCUCAAGUCUUCAGAUUAACAACUUCAUGGUGGAUCUGAAAAUCUAAUUGUGCUGUAAGCACUGAAGUGGUUGACAAAAGUGUCUUGUGUGCCCCAUUUCCACAGCUCCACCAGAGUGUGAUAAUGGAGGGGUGGAGGCAUUUCAUAUUCUUCUUUGGGAGCGUUGCAAGCCUCCUGUGCAUCUUCUUAUAGAGAAGACAGUGAAGGCGCUUGCCUUCCCAAUACCCUUGAAGCAUCUGAAGAUGAAGCACAACUUGCUUCAGUUCUCUGCAUUUCCAUGUGACGUAGCACUAAUCCCUUCAUGGUGUGUGUGUCUCGCACAAGAUAAAAGAAACCAGAACUUUUCCAGCAUGACUCUGUAUGUAGUGAGGUCAAAGAUUAAGCUAACACCAGGAGUAAAGUGUCUAUUUAGAGCUUCUGCGUUCUGUCUUUUUAUAGCCAACUAUAUUCCACAAUGUUCAGUGGAUGAUCUGUAUGAGGGAACAUGGUACUUGGUGCGAGUGGAUGAAAAACACAGAAGAACCUAUGCUCGUCGCCCCGUGCUGGGUGAUGGGCCCUUGGAAGCAGGAGUGGAAGUUGUUCAUAUGGGCCUUGCUCAUGAGGUAAGUGUAAAGAGUCUCUUUAAUUAAUCCUUUUAACAUCCAGGGGCUAGUGCACUCCUAAUGGCGUUGAUCCCUUAUUUGUGGGUUAAAGACAUCAGGAGCAGGCCGCAGAAUUGAACACUACCCCCACCCCAAUCUACCUUUAAUGUGAUUCAUAGAUAUCUUGGCACUGAUAUGAACAGUUGUUUAGGCUUACCAGUUUCCUUGCUUGAGUGGAAUGAUAAUAGUACCCCAGCCACUGUGGGCAGCUUCCAACAGAUAUAAAAGUAUAAUAAAACAUCAAGCAUUAAAAACCUGCCCAUGCAGGGCUGCCUUCAGAUGUCUUCUAAAAGUUGUAUAGUUAGAGAUCACAUUGACAUCUGAUGGGAAGGCGUUCCACAGGGCGGACGCCACUACCUGGAAGGCCCUCUGCCUGUUUCCCUGCCUGCCCUCUUCAGUUUCUGGUUAAGCAGGGAAACCAAUAACCCUUAACUAUUGUUUAAAGUUGGUGCUGGCAUACCUAUGGACUGAAGCUAAGGUGCACAUGGGCCUGGGAAGGAGGGGAACAUGCCUUCCAGGAGGGAAUGUUCAAAGAUGUGGUCUGCUUCCAAUCUCUUUAAGAAUGAUUCCCUGCUCCAUUAUGGGUGGAACAGUCACAGCAAAGGGUGGCUCUUUGCUAACCUUUCCUUUUUUUAUUUCUCUUUGUUACCAAAACUAAAUUACAGACAAUUAAGCACAUGUAGCGGAUGUGUAACUGCUCUUCCAGUAAGUUACAAUCUUCAGUAAUCUAUAAACCCUGUCAGAUCACACAUCCCCUCUCUUUCCCUGCUCUUACGUUAUAUGGUUCUUCUCCCACUUACCUCCGCAGUUUGUCAAUCUCUUUCUCUCUCUCCCUCCACCCCUUGUGCACUCUGCCCAACUUCCAUUGUCAGGCAUACAAAAUAUUUUGCUGUCAUUGAUAAAAUAACAGGUAUUUCCCUUACACUAACAUAUUUUAUCAGCUCCAGCAAGAUAUUUUUUAAAUCCUUUAAGCCUGUAAUAUGAAAUUUCACAAGUAACCUCAGCAGUCUUGUCCCAAUAUCUAGAAACUUUAGGGAAACCACACCAAAAAUGCAAAAAGAAAAAUACUUGGCACUACGCAAGACACUAGUAUUUACCUUGUGAAUUCUGUCUUAGUUUUUGUGGCCUCAUAUCCCAUCUCUCUUCGUAGAUUGGGUUUUCAUUACAUUUAGACAUGGAUAAUGGCAGAAUUUCCCCCUGUUCUAAAACACGCCCAACUGUUUCAUGAUACUGCUGUUGAAAGUUACCAAAAUCAUUGCAAUUGAUUGAUACGCUAUAAAUCUGGGAUAUGAUAUUCUUUGGAUUUUCUUCUGUCAGUGAUUCCUCCAUUUCAGAUACUUGUCCAUUUUGUUGUAAUCAACCCCAUUACAGAAUACCAAAUUCCAUAAUAUUGACGCAAAUCUUCAACCCAGUGUUCUCCAACUCAUGCCUUCCAGGUGUAUGGAACUACAAUUUCCAACAGCCCCGGCAGGUUGGAGGAGGCUGCUGUGUAACCUGACAUUCUUUGAACAACUUCUAAGACGGGAACGCUGCUGUUCUCAAAUUGGAUCUAGAAAUCUAAAUAUAACCUAUGUUGUGUCCAACUCUGAAAACUUCUUAUUGUGCAGGAUAGAUUCCAAUGGACAUUUGUCUGGACAAAGUAUUUGGAACUAAGUUACUGUUGCCUAAUACUGGGGCUUUCUCAAUGAGUCUUGAAACAAAAUUAAAGUAAGAUAAUUGGCAGCUGUGCUUUUUAAUAAUGUGUUCUAAUCUGUGGCUUUCCCCCCCCCUCUCCACCCCUUCCAGCAUAUCCCGAGCCCUGCCAAGAAAGUACCAAGAAUUCCUGCAAAAACAGACUCAGAAGCCGUUGCUGUUUCCCUUUCCAAUGGGGAGCAUUAAGAGACCUCUGUGAGGUGGGAGUUGGAAAAGUUGGGGAGGGCUGGGGAUGUACACGGGAGUAACUGUUAAUACCCAUGUUUUGCUGUACAGUACUGCUUAGUUGGGAGCAUGAAAAACUGUUAAUCUUGAGGCUCUGUCUUUUGAUGCAGUUUGUUGAUACGUAGUUAAAUAACACUAAAAAAAGUUUGCCAGCUUCUUGGAACAGAAAUGACCAAGGGCUCUUUCUAAAAACAACUGUUUUAAAACAACAGCAAAUGGUUCAAGAAUAGGUACUUAAAUUUACAGAGGGGUAGCCAUGUUAGUUCGUUGCAGCAAAAAAGACAGCAGAGCCUUUUGGCAUCUUAAGUUUAGGUCUACAGUUGCUUAUGCUGUAAAAAUAUAUCACUUGAUCUUUAAGGUGCCACAAGAAUCUUUGUGUUUAGUUUAAGCUUGGGAAGACUUCAGUUGUGCUUGCCCUACUCUAUUUUAAUGAAUUAAUAUCCAGAGUGGAGGUGAGACUUUUUAAAGCCAUUAUGGAGAAAAAUUAAUGUGACCUAAAGCUAUUUGUGAGUCAUUUUAUCUUAAAUGUUAGGGUCCUAUGUGCCUUAACAGUAUAAGCACCCGGUCUUUUAAAUACAAGCCUUGUUCCAUCCCCUCAAAACAUGCUAUGCAUUUGAAAGGGGAUAAUUGGCUUGUUUUUCAAGGUGCUAUUAAUUGGUUCAAACCCAUCUUGAAAGUUGGAGGUCUGUGACAUGGUUUCCAGUUGUAUGCUUAUAAUAUUAAAAGCUCCUCUCACCUCCCAGAAAUCAUUUUGCAAAGCUAAGAAGUGCAUGCAUUUGGGGAGAGAACACUCUCUUGCCCCAAAGUGCUAUUGGUGGCUACUUAGAAAUAGUUGGAAAGUUAAUUCCUUUUGAACCUCUUGUAUGUAAUCUUUUAUAAAGGUUGCUUAAGAGCAGGCUUUGCCAUACUCUGCUUCUACAAAAAUGCAAAAGCUCAGCCCAAGAGCCAGGAUUUGAUCCUGAACUUUUUGCUCCUCACGAUUGUUUUAGCUGUGUGGUGUGGGGUUCUGCAAGCUGUAGCUCUGAGGUCGUGUAUAAAUAGCUUCAUAUCUCAAACAUAUUUAAAACUCCACUUCACUUCUGCAAGGAGUACUCAAAAGGCUGCAAUCCUCAAAGCACUUACCUUAGAGUAGGCAUGAACAACUUGUGACCCAUUGAGUUGAACACUGCUCCCCAGCUAUGUGUGAUGGCUUGCCGGGUGCUUGCUAAAAUUGACCUGUGUUGGCUACCUGCCAGAGACUUGGAAAAAAAUGGUAUGUGUUGAGAACCUGGCUGGGCAUAUUCAGGGCUUGUGAGGGGUGCCUUUGGCCUGCAAGUUGUUCUGCUCUACAACAGUCCUGUUUAUUAUCACACACUUGCUGAAGUGUAAGUGCUUUGGCCAUUGCAAGUAUAUUGGGUGGGCCUGGAUGAACUGGAAGCAAAGGGAAAGACAGCUCCUGGCUUGUAAAAUACAUUGUGUUUACACUAAACUUACACAAUUUGUCCUGUUUUUAUUUUGCUGUGAAAUACUUCUUAACUAAUGCAUACUGUGCUAAGUUACAAGAUGCGGUGUUUGGGGGCUCUGUAGUUUGUUUGUUUUUUGAAGCAAAUUACUUAGGUUUGAUACAGCUUGUUGGGGAAAAACGGUUUGAUUUACACCACUUUUUUGUCCAUUUGUGCCAAGUGCUGUGGCUAUAUAAAACAAAGGAGAGGAUCCCAAGCUUGGUUUUGUUCACAGGCUGGCGAUGUAUCAAGUCCAUUGCAGGCAAUGGACAGGCUUAAAACAGCAGCACCAAGUCUAACGUUUAUAAACCUCAAAAGUAAUGAAGCAGAUGCCUUGCAAAAUAAACACUGAGCUAUCUGAACUGCCCAUGUUGGUGUAGUUAUGCUUUGUAUCCAAACCAAGGAGGAUGAACUGUGGCUGCCCAGAGGGCAGAUCUGAUUAAGCAGAUGCGUUGUCAGUGGCCUCCACAUCCAAGACUUACCCUGCUGGAAUUAGAAGGGACAGGGUGAAUAUUUCCUGCACUGCAGGGGGGUUGGACUUAAUUACCCUUGCAGUCCCGCCCAACUCUAUAAUUGUACGAUUUCUCUUUAGGACUCAUCGUUGAACCUUAAAAAAGCAAAAUCACAGAUCACAAUGUUACAGACAUGGGAGGAGGAGAAAAACAGUGGGUAAAAUAUUAUUUAUGGGUCCUAUUCAGUAGGUGCCUGCAGAUGUGUAUUUUCAGGACUUGCCCUCUUCCUGUGACAGAAAAUUCCUUUAACUGUUUUUAAUGCUGAAAUUUAAAUAGUUGUAACUUAUCCUGGGACCUACUAGUGAAGGGCAGGGUAAUAAAUUUAAUAAUAGUGUUAACUAUUAUUACUUAUAAUGCAAACAUAACCAGGAAGACCUUCUAAAGGAUUCCCACACUACUCAAUGCAUGUGAGGCAAGAUUUCACCUAUAUUAACAGACCUUAACAUGCUGUCUAAACUCACCCAAGUGAAAUGCACCGUGUUAGUUCCAGACAGCAGCCUGAGCCAAAAUUCUAAGCAUGUUUACUCUGAAGUCCUACUGGGACUUGCUGCAUGAUAACAAUACUUAAAAUUGUUCAUCUACUUGGGAGUGGGAAUAAACCCCCACUAAACACAGUGUGACUUUAAACAUAUAAUGGAAUUGCACUGCACAUUUAUCAUUUAUCCUGAUUUUACAGGCCAAUUCCUUGCAGCAGAACUUAAAAACUCAACAGCCCUCAAAUAAUACAUUUUACUAGUCUACUCUUGAAUGUGCAUCUUAGAUGAGGAAUUUUAAGGCAUCUUUUUUAUUAAUUCAAAAUUACAAAAAUGCUAAGAACAGACAAAGAGGUCUCGGCAAAGUUUGCCAAACACCAAGACAGCUGCAUUUUUUAUAAAAUCAAACAGAGCUUAGAUGAGUGUUUGAGGCCGCGAUAGGUAGACUGCUCUUUCUUUGACUCUUGCUCCCUGAAUUCUGGUUGGCUGAUUAUAUGAACCGUUUCCACGGCCCUUUUCUUUUGCACCCUGUGCAAAAUAAUUCGGUAGAUCCCAGUUACUGAGCUGUGGGAAGCUCUCCCGCGGUUAUUCUGAAUGUGCUCCUCCGUGAUCCCCAAAUUGUUCAAUAUUUUUUUCACUUCGGCGUCUUCCUCUCCGAGUGUUCCACUCCCCGACAAGUACUUUGGAUCCAGUUUGAAAGGUUCCAGGGGCUUUGGAUACUCCACUCCUUUCAUCCAUUCGCUGUUCAUAAUGUACUCAAUGGAAUAGCGUUCCGACGGUACUGGCUGCAGGAUUCCCCGAAUCAGCUUCUGGCAAGGUUCCGAGAGGAACGGCGGCAGGACAUACAUGCCCUCGAGAAUAGUCUUCUUCAGUUUGCCCACUGUGUCUGCUCGAAAGGGCAUCAUCCCAGUCGUCAUAAAAUACAGAAGAAUUCCGAGUGCCCAGAUAUCCACAUAUGCCCCAACGUAGCUUUCGUCCCUGAAGAGCUCUGGGGCAGCGUAAGGAGGGGAGCCGCAAAAAGUGUUCAGUGUUUCCUCUUUUUUACUUAUCGUGCUGAAUCCAAAAUCCCCCACUUUCACACAGGUGUUACUGGUGUAAAAUACGUUUUCAGCUUUCAGGUCCCGGUGAAUUAUGUUGCUCUCAUGCUGCAGAACAAAGAAUAAAAAAUAAUGUUUAGCUUUCAUAAAUGUUUUCCACUGUGCUGCAAAUGCAAACGUGGAAGUCUUUUAAAAUAAGAACGGUUAGUCUUUUAAAAGGAAAGUAUAUUUUAGCUAGCCUAUUGUACAAAACCACCAGCAGGGCUGUAGCCGCAGAAGAGGAGAAGGAAGGUAUGGACCACUGAAAGCUAUUCCAAGCCUCUACCUGAAUGUUUAGUUUUCAUUUAACCCUUCUUCCCCUGCCUCCCACAUCCCAAUAAUUUUAUAGCCAUUUUGUUUGUGGAGACAUGCAGAAAAGGACAAAGGCAGCAUUCUGCCCAGUUGCCCUCUAAAUGUUAAUACAAUUAAGCAGUUAAGAGCUCUUUAUCAAGCUACCUGUAUGUUCUUCCUAUUCUGUAAUGAAUCCCCACCCACAUAGGAUCCUCAUCACAACAUUUCUGGCCAAACGCCUGAAAAAUCAGAGCUGUUAAAUAGCCCUUGAACACAUUACAGCAGAGCUUGCACAGAAACACAAACUGCUUGCACUCCCAUGGUGGCCACGUGUUUCCAACAAAAGAUAUUCCACGCAAAACGUACCUCAAGCUGCAGAAAAGCACCCAAAGCAAAUGUUUGUUCAUACGCAGGCUCACUAAGCUGGAGCCACUUGCCAUGUUGACAUAAUAUUCUUUUAUUGCUCCUAACAGACUGGUGGAUAUCUCAAACUAAUCCUGCUUCUCUUUAAAGCGGGACACACACAGGGAAAUGCAGAGCUGUUGAAGGGACCAAAAUAAUGAACUUACCAUGUGCUUAAGAGCAGACACAAUCUGGGAGAAGAUGUGCUUACUCUCCACUUCCAAUAAUUUCCCCUCUGUCGUGAUUUUCGCAAAUAGCUCCCCUCCACUGGCAUAUUCCAUCACCAGGUGCAGCUUCGAGAGGGUCUCCAUGACCUCAUAAAGCCUGAUGAUGUUUGGGUGGUGCAGCUUCUCCAUGCUGGAAAUCUCGCGGGAGAGUAAUCUCUGCGUCUUCUGGUCUAAUUUCGUCUUGUCCAAAAUCUUAAUGGCUACCUUUUCUGGAAUGACAGUGGUUUGAUUUCAUAGGGUUAGUAAGGACAGCUGAUACCAUGCUUAAGAAAGGAAGAAAAGUCAUAUGAACAGCCUUGAUCCAGCAAGCUCAAGACUAUCUGUUGCAACUUGCAGGAGAUCGUUGGAGCCUCAGGCAAAUGGCCUUCCCAUCAAGCUACCUAAGAUCCUUUUAACUGGAAAUAGCACAAGCUGAAUCUGGGACUUGAGGUGGAAGGUUCUGCUCUGCCACUGAGCUAUCUCCCCUCCCUCUGCUUUCCUCUGCUACAUCUUGUAUAAUUACAUCUUAAAACAAAAUUCCCAUAACAGUUGGCAUGGAUGUAAUGCACUCACCUAUUAAAAGAGGGGGAACAUAGGCAGGUGUUUUGUUAUUGCACAGCACCCUGGGUUCUGUUUGGAUGAAGGGUGCUUUAGAAAUGUUGAUAAUAAAUAGAAGUAUACUGGGUCAGCUCAGUUGUCCAUCUAGCCCCGUAAAUUAACUGGCAGCACAUCUUCAGUGCCCAAGGGGAUGUUCACAUUACCACAUUACAAUGCAGUGAAGUGAAGUGGUUUCUGCUGGCAGAUAAUUAGGUUUCUUCCAUGCUCAGUUCAGGGGCUUGUCCCCACUUCCACUUGCCCUUUUUCCCUUGCCCCACUCCUUGUCCCCCAAGAAAACCUGCUCUUUAACUCUAAAUCUGAGCAAAUGUUAAUCUGGAGAAAACCUGAAUUGCCAUUUGCUACGAUUGAGCGCUAAAGAGCAGUUCCCCCCAGGGGUUGUGAGGACUCCUGUGAGAAAUUUACACAUACUAACCAGGCUUUGAAACUGAAACUGAAACUGGCAAGGACCAUGCAGAGCAGCCAUCAAAUCCUCUAGCAGGCCUUGGCCUCCACAUAUGCACAACUGUAAGCGACCCUAAGCAGCCUCUCUGCGUCACAGGCCAAAAGGGAUCUGGAUUCCACUAUUUGUUUUAUUUUUUGCUGUGAUGAGGCAGCUGCAUUUAAACAUGACUUAAUACAAUAAUAAAAGAACUUGAACGGAA